AUGCAGCCGGUCGGCACCCGAAACUUCAACUGCUCAAGCGACUCCUUACCUCACAUUCUUUCGACUUCCCCCCACCCUUUCUUUGGGCGGUCCGAAAUCCAAAUCAUCGAGUCGGAAAGCGAUCAGCAAAGUCCUAGCAAAACUCUGAGGGUUGCGUUGCUAGAAAAUCCGAAGUUUCCGCCCUUUGUCACGCUCAUUCCCGCAACUUAUCUUUGA